UAGUCCACAUUAAUCGACAUUAAUUUACCAAGUAUACUUGGUACUCAUAAAUUGAACAGCAAAUUGAAUCAACUAACACGCAUCAACUAGCAUGUCUUCAUUUAACACUGUACAUCAAAGAAAACGCAGGACGAUACGAUGAAGAUACACACUGAAAUCAACCUGUCUUCAGUUCUUUAUCAUUCGUUGCUUCGCAAAGACGUAUUUAAGUGAAUAUCUCGCGAGAAAGGUUCGCGGUAUUAUAAAAAAAAACAUUAUAACAGAUUACCAACGAUUAACCGUGUCAUCUCUUUGAGUUUACGUUUAACUGAAUAUUGAGGUUUAAAAUUAUAAUCAUCUCCAUCGAAAACAAACCGCACACAUUAUACAUACCAGCAGCAGCCAGCAUUCGGUACAAUAGUUAUUGUGCCAAUUUUACACAUUACAGAGUUUUUAACUAUGGAAAAAUGCACGACUUAAUUAAUGAUCGACGAACACGUUUUCUACAAUUUAAAUAAAAUGUGAUUUAUGUGUCGACAAAUUGCGGUUGUAACACUCUUGUAUUUUUGGAAUAUUUUUAAUAUAUUCGAUAGAAAAGAAGGAAAAACACUUUUCCGGUUGAAUGCAUGAGGAUGAUGGAUUCGUAUGGCGUAGCUUUAAUACUGGGAUUCGUGACGGCGCUACUCAUCAAAAAUAGCGGUGGUAUUUAUCAUCAAAGAACAAUAAGAGCAUUAGACUUUCCGGCACAAUGGAGACCGUUAGCAGUUCCAGCACCAAAUGAACACCUAAUUAGUAUAGCAAAUUUCGAUGCAGCAAACAAAGCCCAAUUAGCACAGAUAGCCCAUCAUAAUGCUCAAAUACUUAGGCAAAUCAAGGGACUUCAUCCGCCCGUUACACAGUACCAUAACCCGUAUCCCAUAUUUGCAUCCGGACAUGGAAACGGCAAAAAUGUUUUUGUCCACACGAAUAUAAUUCAUCCGUCAUUACCGGACACCAGUACCAAUAAUUUACUCACAAGCAGUUCCAAUGUUGCUCAAACUGUUGUUCCGCACAACGUGAAACAUAAUUAUGUUAGCCCGAAACCGUCGUUUAUGGGCAAAGUCGAGAUGAAUUCACCAUUUAAAUUCUUAAAUAGUAUUCAUACGUCCACAGCAAAGAUUCCUGGUUUGAUCAAAGCGGUUCAGCCAAAUUAUCCAAUUUACGCCAGUACUACGAGUAGAGUUCCAAUAAUACGAGAUGUUACUCUAACUCCACCACCUUCGUAUCGAUCAACACCGAAAUCGCACCCUGUUAAUAAACUGAACGCUCAUCUGGCGCUAUCAACGAGGACGAAGGCACCAGUUAUGGCAGCAUCAAAUACAUUUGAUGCUUUCUCUAUACCGGGUCAGAUACUCAGCUCAUUCGCAAACUUUGCCCAGCCGUCUCACGUGAUUCGAGAAAAUAAACCACGCGUUAGUAACAACUUCUUAAACUACCAAAUCGAACAGCCAUAUAGCAACAGUUACACCGGACAUUUAAUACCGUCUGGACAUUAUAUUUCGAAAAAUCAUUAUCCGGGUGCAAUGAGAUAUCCACAGAACUCGAUAUCAAGCGUAUACAGUCCCCAUUCACAACAUACGGUACACCUGAAGCAUCCGUCUCAGCAACUUCAACAACAGCAAAUUGUUCAGAAUCAGCCGUCAAAUGUCCAGCAGCCGGAGUAUGUGAAGCCUAAUGAACAACAACACCUAACAGAAUCAUUCCAUUCGCAAUCAAUCUCACAUGGAAAUUCUAAUCAACAAACAGAAAAUCAAUUCCAGAAACCGUCUGCAGAAUCCACAGACAACACACAAAAUGAUGGAUCGUAUUUACCACCAUUGCCGAGUAUACCUCCAAGUGUUCUCUCUCCAUUCUUCCAGCAAGUUCAGCAACAGCAGCAGCAGCAGCAACAACAGCAUGAGCAACAACAACAUCAUCAUGAGCAGCAACAACAACACCAUCAUGAGCAACAACAAUACCAUCAUGAGCAACAGCAACACCACCAUGAGCAACAGCAACACCACCAUGAGCAACAGCAACACCACCAUGAACAACAACAACACCAUCAUUAUAGAUCAACGACAACGACCGUUGAGCCACCUUAUCAAGAAAACGAUCCCAAUAAAUAUGCGAAUGCAUUCGACUUAUACAAAACUAACAAGGACGUCCAAUUCUCCAAUUUUAAGGCUAUAGAAAAUGAGUUUACGCAUAAUCUUGUUCCUCCACCAUUUAAGUAUAAGGACGCUUCACAAUUAAGGGAAAAACCACCAGCAUCAUCAUCGUCCAGUUACCUGGACGUAGAACAAAUCAAAGCCAUUGACAUCCUCAAUAAAUACAAUAUUCCGGCGAUUUCACCUCUGCAAGAUGCCAAUCGUUACGCGUACAAAAAUCGUCCAGUUCAGUCUACAGAAACAUCAGUUGAUCCACGCCCAACAGAAAACCAUCAGUUCGGAACAUCGCCAUCAUUUACGACCGAAAAGCCCAAUAUUUUCCAGAACCUUAACCGCCCUGCCGAGAGCGAAUACAAACAACACAAAUUAAUGCAUCCGAGUUACACCGGAGCCAAGCGACCGAUCCAUUCAACGAAUCAACCAUUUUUACCAACACCGCAUUCGCAUGAUGUUGCUAUUACCCAUAGUUUCUUCACCAUCGAAGAUGCUGUGACACUGUCGCCGAAGCAUUCUUAUCGACCAAUUUUACCAACAAACAUUGACCAAAUUGAAGAUAUUAUUCGAAAGCCGGCAGAAGAGGAGAUAACUGAAGUAAUUACGUUAAGUCCUGUCAACAACGAUCUGCAAGAAAAUGUGAAGGAAACAUCACCGUUGCCUGUGUUCGAGACGUCGACUAGAUUGAGAGGAAGAGGCAAUAAAAUACGAAGACGAAAACCGAAACCUUCGACUGAAGCCAAUGAUGAUACUCAAGGACAAUGGGAAACGGUUAAGGUCGAUAAUAUGCAGAAUGAUAAAGAGUUGCAGCAUUCUAACUAUAACGAAGCAGUGGCUGAAGAAAAUCCCAAAGACGAAGUUGUUGAAAACUUUGGGAAUUUUAAUCGAAACAGAUAUCGAGGACGAGUUAGCAGUACAGCAAGUACAAUAGAAAAUUCCAUUUCCGAGAAGCCGACGAGAGGAAGACGUCCUUUAAACAAAUCCAGAUACAGAACUUCGUCUUUACCAACAUCGGCUAGCGAUGCUUCCGACACAAUUGAACAUACAACUACAGACUCAAAUGCUAAUCCAUUCCUGUCAAACAGGCAUAGACGACCAACAACGACGUUACAAACUGUACAAACAUUUUCAAGCCCAUCGGCCCCACAGAGUGACUACAAAGAUGUAGAAGCCACAGAUCCAGCUACUGUGAUUUCUGAUAUUCAAAGCAGUCAGCCUAUGAGAACUAGAGUUUAUGCAACACCCAUAACAAAUUAUAACUUGAAUCAAGACUCUACUGAAACAUUCCCAGCAAAGCCGAUUGUCGGACAUCCAGAGGAGAAUUUGGUUGUUAUAUCAACAAAAGCUGCUUUCAGCGAUCUUCCCAUCACAAAUGUUCCAGAGUCUGAAACAACAGUCAAUAACAGGCAAAACACAUUCCCAGUCGAUGAAACCGUUAUUCCUACCACACCGCAACAUUCUUCGACAUCUACCACAUCAACAACAUCAACUACUACGAGGGUAUCUGAAGAUCCAAGUGAGAAAACAGGACUCGAUCACAUAAGAAACCGUCAACGUUUAAGGUAUAAAGAUAAACUGAAGGAUACCUUCUCGUCUUCUACAAGCACUUCGUCUGAAACUCCAAUUGAAAAGACCGUUGAAUAUAACGAAGUUACGGAUAAUAGAGUAAAUGUUCGCCUUCCCGUGGUGACAAGCUCGUCUAAAAUAAGUGACGAUGAAGAAGCUGUAACAACUCCAACGUUUUCAACAAAUAAGCUCAACAGAUUGAACUCUAUGAAUAAAUUUGAGUCGAGAAAUCGCCCUAGAUUCAGCGUUAAGGACUAUCGUCAAAGAUUAAGUACGUCAACGACUACUGAGCAAACCUCUUCUGACACAGAAUCGACUACAUUAGCCACUACCAGGUUACGUUUCCCAACUCGAACUCGUCUGUUGCCGGAUUUAAAAAAAUCCGUCGAGAAAGUAUCUAAAAGUCAGGAUUCCGUUAAGUCUUCCGAUGACCCUUCGGAUGCUUUGACUAAACCUGAUUUAUCGCAAGAAACGACUGAGACAGCCAGUGAGACUACGCGAAAGCGAUUUUCGCCGAAAGACCGAUACAGCAGCAGAGUUAAGUCAACUGAGAAUUCGAUCAUAACAACAACAAAUCGUCCUACUACCCGAAGUCGAGGGAGCACAAGACGGGAUUUUGGCAACAGAGGACGACAAUCCACUACAACGCCAUUGUCAGCCGAAAAGACUGUCACACGAUCGCCUGUUAUUAGAAAUUCAAAUUAUACAUUGCGAAGGCCUCAAAAUGUCAGCCUACGACAAAGGAUCCAAAAUCAUUACAAAACCACUAAAGAACCAACGUCAAGCAACGAAGUUGAUAGCCAGGCUGAUAUGACAAUGGAAAACAAGUCUGACGAAAUAUCGACUGAGGAUUACAAACAUGAAACGGCAAUUAUGAAAAUAGCCAAAGAUGAUCAUUCCUACAGGCCAUAUAAGGCGAGCGAUGAGAUAAACUACAACGACAGCGAUAAUGAUUUGAACGGUAGCCCAUCUGAGCAAUCGGAACGAGUCGCCGAACUGGCUAUAUUCGAUAAUCACUUCAAUUCAGUUCACACCGGUUCAGCAUCGCGGCGAAUUCCAGGAUACUUUACAAUUGCAACGGAAGAUCCGAUACUUCCGAUUGAAGCCUUUUUUCCACAGGUUAAGCGAGAUUAAUAUAUAAAUACAUUCGGGUCAAUGUGUCAGCUCUUUGGAAUUGUCUGGCAAUUAGCGACUUUUUAAAAGUAUGAUCGCAAUAAAAAUGAAUUCAAAAUUACAAUCGAAUACGAAAUAAUCCCAAUGGAUUCCAAAUCUUAUAAAAUUUAAGCGCAACGGUAACAUAUUUUGUACGCAAGUCUAAGUAGAAAAACAAAUGUUCUGGUACCUCUAUACUUAAUUUUCUGUCUAAUUUAUUUAUUUAGUCUAAUUUACGAUAUACUUCUCAAAUAAUCCACGUUAGUUUUGUUGAGAGUUGAUAUAUAUAUUUUCGGUUUGUAAAUAAAUUAUUCGU